AACAACAGCCGGCAUUUGUUGUCAGCAGAAGACGGAGUGUAGACUGACGCAGGACAACGAUUGCCAGGUGCAUCCGGCCAUCAUUGGUGUGUACGCAGCAGCAGGUAUUCAGGUUCGAAUUGGUACUCAGAACAAACAGUCGUUACCAAUAAGAGACUUGAUGUGAGUACUUUUAAGUGAAGUGCGAAACUGCAAUUUUCAAAAAGAGGGGAAAAGCAUUGUGUAUAUUUGCCACGCGAGGAAUACUUUUAGAGAUACAGCGCGUCUUCAUUUCCUUGCCACCUCAAUUGGAAUAAUUUGCGAGCGAAUCAUGAUAAAACUAAUUACUCGCUAUCAACCUGCCUCCGUCUAUACCGCUCUGUUGGCUCUGCUCAGCAUGGUAAUAUUGGCCCACGUGUGCGAUGCAGAUCCAUCGUUCGCGUCCAACAGCCUUUUCGCCGAUGAUGAUAAACACGUCGACGAGAAGCGGCCAUUCUUCGUGGGCAGUCGUUACGGAAGGUCACAUGUUUACGGCGGUAAGGAUCUCAGACAGGUUAACGUCGUUCCCAGGAAUGAUCGAUUUUUCCUUGGAUCACGAUAUGGCAAACGGUCCGAUCCAUUGAACAAAGAGAUCGAAACAGACAAUAACAAUGGCGCCGAGUUGACCUAUCUUGCUUGUCUACAUACGGGAGUUUCCAAUCUGUACCGAUGUUACGGAAAGGAUCGCGAGAUACCAGUAAGUGGACAGACUAUUCUGCAGAACAACGACAGCCUCGAUUUGACGGUGAAGUAAAGUUAUUAUUCAACCUGAGAGGCGCCCCUUCCGGUUGCCAACGAUAAUCAUCACUCUACUGCAAUGUGAACAUUCCCUAACCGAUGACAAUGGAUAACAGUUAUCAUUUGUUAAACUCCAAAGCCUCGUAAAACCUUUGGCUCUGCUUGCUGGACAGAAAUUAUACUGUUUGGAGUUCAUCCUUGUACAGGAUUCCCUUUUCUAUUAGUUACUCUCCAAACAGUAAACUAGGCUGGGUGAUUUCUGUGCAGCGAAUAUGACGCCAAAUGAUUCUCGGAAAUAAUUUGUGACCAGUUGUGUUGAAAACAGAUUGGCCAAUUUAUUCUAGAAAUAAUACUAUUUUGAUUUUAGUGUUUGAUAUCUUUGAAAAUUGUUGCAAAUAAAUCAAGCAAAUAGAUAGAGCAGACAUGAGCUCAUAUACGGCUGUCAACGAGAUUUGUAUGUGUCUUUCGCAUAAGUAGUAGAUUGUUCGAAGCAGAUAAUGUACUUUGUAUUAUUUAUAUCAAUAUUUUUUGUUACAUCAGCACUGUUCUUGAAGAACAAAUAAUAAUACAAAAAAGA